GUAGCCACCAUUUUGCAUGCUUAGUGUGUUCCUCCCUCCAUUGCUAAUAGAGACGGACCCAGUUAUUUUCUGGCAUCACUGCGGCGAAGAAUGCCAGCUCCGAUCAGACUUCGGGAGCUGAUCCGGACUAUCCGGACAGCACGGACCCAGGCAGAGGAGCGUGAGAUGAUCCAGAAAGAGUGUGCUGCUAUCCGCUCGUCCUUCAGAGAGGAAGACAAUACAUACCGUUGCAGAAAUGUGGCAAAGCUACUUUAUAUGCACAUGUUGGGCUACCCGGCACACUUUGGCCAGCUGGAGUGCCUGAAGCUGAUUGCGUCCCAGAAGUUCACUGACAAACGGAUAGGUUAUUUGGGAGCUAUGCUGCUGCUGGAUGAGAGGCAGGACGUCCAUCUACUCAUGACAAAUUGCAUUAAGAAUGACUUAAAUCACAGCACACAAUAUGUCCAAGGCCUGGCUUUGUGCACUUUGGGCUGCAUGGGUUCCUCAGAAAUGUGUCGUGACCUGGCAGGAGAAGUGGAGAAGCUCCUCAAAACGUCUAACUCCUACUUAAGGAAAAAAGCAGCAUUGUGUGCUGUUCAUGUCAUCAGGAAGGUUCCAGAACUCAUGGAAAUGUUCCUUCCAGCCACAAAAAACCUGCUGAGUGAGAAGAACCAUGGUGUUCUCCACACAUCAGUCGUCCUCCUCACUGAAAUGUGUGAAAGAAGUCCCGACAUGCUGGCUCACUUCAGAAAGAAUGAGAAGCUGGUUCCACAGUUGGUGAGAAUCCUGAAGAACCUCAUCAUGUCUGGAUACUCUCCCGAGCAUGAUGUGUCGGGCAUCAGCGACCCCUUCCUGCAGGUGCGGAUAUUGAGACUACUGAGAAUUUUAGGCAAGAGCGAUGACGACUCCAGUGAAGCAAUGAAUGACAUCCUUGCACAGGUGGCAACGAACACAGAGACGAGUAAAAAUGUAGGCAAUGCAAUCCUGUACGAGACUGUACUGACAAUAAUGGACAUCAAGUCAGAAAGUGGAUUGAGGGUCUUGGCCAUCAACAUACUAGGUCGCUUCCUUCUUAACAAUGACAAAAAUAUUAGAUACGUGGCUUUGACUUCUCUACUAAAGACGGUGCAAACUGACCACAACGCAGUGCAGAGGCAUCGAAGCACCAUCGUGGAUUGUUUGAAAGACCUGGACGUGUCCAUCAAACGGCGUGCGAUGGAACUGAGUUUUGCUCUGGUGAACGGCAACAAUGUCCGAGGCAUGAUGAAGGAGCUGCUCUACUUCCUGGACUCCUGUGACCCAGAGUUCAAAGCAGACUGUGCAUCAGGAGUCUUUCUAGCUGCAGAGAAGUAUGCACCUUCGAAAAGAUGGCACAUAGACACCGUGAUGAGAGUCCUGACGACAGCGGGGAGCUACGUGCGAGACGAUUCUGUUCCUAAUCUCAUCCAGCUCAUCACCAACAGUGUGGAGAUGCAUGCCUACACAGUGCAGAGACUCUACAAAGCACUGCUGGAUGACAUCUCACAGCAACCUCUCGUGCAGGUGGCUUCCUGGUGUAUAGGAGAGUACGGGGACCUGCUACUGUCUGGACAGUGUGAGGAGGAGGAGCCAAUCCAGGUGACUGAAGAUGAAGUCCUGGACGUGUUGGAAGGACUCCUGGCGUCUAACCUGUCCACACCUGUGACCCGGGGUUAUUCUCUCACUGCCAUCAUGAAGCUGUCCACUCGCUUCAGUAGUGUAAACCGAAUCAAGAAGGUGGUUUCAGUGUACGGCAGCAGCAUCGACGUGGAGCUUCAGCAGAGAGCUGUGGAGUACAACGCGCUUUUCAAGAAAUACGACCACAUGAGGCCAGCUCUUCUUGAACGAAUGCCCAUCAUGGAGAAAACUGCCACUAACGGCCCCUCAGAGAUCGUGCAGACAAACGGGGAGGCGGAGCCCUCUGCUGUGGAAGCCAAACAUCCACCACCUGUCGCCCAGCCUGCCAAUCAGGCUAAUGAUUUAUUAGACUUGCUGGGGGGUAAUGAUGUGGUGCCCGUGAUUCAGACCUCGAUGCCCACCAAGCCCGCCUCAGCUGGAGGAGAGCUGCUCGAUCUGCUGGGCGACCUUUCGCUAAGUGGUCCAGCCCCUGCUCCCUCUGUGCCCUCCUCCCAACCCCCUUUCCUCUUGGACGGCCUCUCCUCGCAGCCCCUGUUUAAUGACAUUGCCCCUGCAGGAAUCCCUCCUAUGAUAGCGUACAACAAGAAUGGUCUAAAAAUAGACUUCACAUUUGAGCGCGCUAAUCCCAAUCCCAACGUGGCAGUCAUCACCAUCCAUGCUACCAACUCCACAGAGUCAGAGAUGACAGAGUUUGUUUUUCAGGCUGCAGUACCAAAGACAUUCCAGCUGCAGCUCCUCUCACCGAGCAGUAACGUUGUCCCCGCACUCAACCAGGGAUCUGUCACGCAGGUCAUCAGAGUCCUCAACCCACAGAAGCAACAGUUACGAAUGAGGAUCAAGCUGACGUACACCCACAAAGGCUCGCCUGUGCAGGACCUGUCUGAGGUGAAUAAUUUCCCCCCUCAGUCCUGGCAGUGAUGAGCUGUGCCUGUUGCCCCUAAACGCCCCACCAAGGGAACUAUGAAAACGAUCUCCUUUCACUUCCCUCCUCUCUUCCACUGGACCCCCCUGUGACGUCAGUGCACGCUGCUGCCCUGGAGUUGCAUGGGAAGCAGCCGAGCGUCCGACACAGGAGAAAAAUGCAGAUGUUACGAAAAACCCUGUUGACUCUCGACAUCACAAAGAAAAAUUGGGGAAAACAUAUCAAUCGGCAAACUUUCUCUUUUCUUUCCUAAUUGGUUUUCUUGAUCUUUGCCUCCGAGUACUGUUUUGUCCACCAACACUUUCUCCACGGCACCGUCACCUCCCUCACACACUCGCAAACACACACUCACGCACACAUCACUGAGACGCUGCGUUGCUCACUACGAGCAGUGCAGUCAUCAUGUUCUCGUUUUAAUUUCUAACGAACACAUUCGUGGUCAGACUUUUUAUACGAUCCCUCGUCUCUGUCACAGAAGCAGACGAAACAAAGGUCAGUUUAGUGCAUCGUCUCCUUUUUGACCCUCCGUACCACAAGUGAUAUAACUUGUUUGAGUUGUAUACAUCUUUGAAUUACAUUAAUUUGCUUAAAGCAUAUUUGAGCAUUGUUAGGAUCACGAUCACACACUGACUGAAGCUCAGAGGGGAUUUCCUGGCACUCAGUGGUAGUCGAUGACUUUGUCCUGCUUUCACUUUGUUUUGUCGCGAUGGAAAAGAGCGUUGAAUGGAUCGCAGACGCGCGGUUAGGUCACCUGUGGAUAGAUGAAGAGAAAACACUCAGCUCACUGCUCUGUAGCUUUAGUUUCCAUGUGUAUAUUAAACUCACCGGUUCAUUGCUUUACUUAGUUUCAGGAUGUUCGUUCGUCUGAAGUUGAUCUGAUGACGAGUUGAUCCGGGAUCGACGUUGAAACUUCUGUCCUCGCAGUGUAGAUACAUUUCAGAUUUAUUUAACCUGAUUAAAUGAAAUCCUCGUCACCACGCACAUACAUGAAGAUGAAGCUGGUUAUGAAUGUAGUUACAUGCACUGAAUGCUUUUCCCUCCUGUUUCUGUGAUGAGGACACUCAUCUCAUCAGCACUAUUUUUGUGAAACUGUUUUAUUUCUGCAGUAAUUUGACUUGACUAUUUAUGCCUGAUAUCAAAGUGAUGUGCCUUUCUGACUUAGCUAGAGAAAAAAGCCCCUGAACGAUGGAGUUCUGUAUGAGCUGCGUACGUUUGCUUGUGCGACGAUUGCUUCUUCUUUCACUCUGAGAAAAAUGGUCCUGACGUUUUGAAUUGGUGUCACUUCAUUACAUCGAGUUCUAUAGGUGUCUCUUAAUGAGCCAACAAUAAUAAUAACAAUAAUAAUAAUAGUCACCCACGUGUUCCCAGAUGUCCACAGCCAUGUGAUGAUUGUCUUUGUUUUGAGAGAAAAAGAAAGUUCAGGAUUUGAAUCAUUUCCCCCGACUGUCCAUUAAAAACACGUGUUGGAUGUAAUAACUAAUAACGACGCAGAUGUUGAAGACUAUGGCAGCUAAUCGAUGUAAACUUCUCCUGAACUGACAUUGAGUUCAUUGGUGUUUUUUAAAAAAAGUCUUGAGAUUUCCCUCCAUCGACAGACGUGGGCGUGUGUUUGGAUUGAGGUUGAGAUUGUGGGUCAGUUUGGGACGGGUGGUUCUGUGGUGAGUCAGAUUCUGACCGUGCUAAUACCUCACCAUGUUCUCUGACUGCAAUCAAGGGGGAGGAGCAUCUGCAUGAGAGGAACUAAUGUUCAUUGAUUAACAAGCUUAACUUAAAUCCUCCGACGUUCAGUCAGGCCGUAUCCUUUAUUAUUUUUCCUCUUUGCUUCACUUUCUUCUAACUUCUGUGACCAAAUCAGAGAGACUAUUAGCGUUGGAGAUAUUUCUGAUGUGUAUAUGGUGAAAAUAAUUUCCUUUUUCUGUUUUUUUCUGUACAUAUUGAGGGCUUUUACACUUUGUGUCUCUUGUACUAUCUUUCAUCCUUUUUUUAGAUACCAUUUUCUAAAAAAAAAAAAAAACCUCUUCAUAAUGUAUAGUGUCUAAAUAGAUCCCGUCAUCGUUGGUCUAAUGAGACGUCCCUGUAUCGUCAGUAACUAACUGUAAAAGAUAUAUGAUCUGCUGCCUGUACAUUGUAUAUAGUUGUAAAACAAACAACAGCUGAUCACAUGAAAUAAAUAAAACCCACGUGAAGAAUUAAAAGGAUUAGCUAGAAAGUAUAAUUAAUUAUAUGCGUAUAUUUACAAACCAGAAUCUUAAAAGGAUGCAACUGAGCUGCAUCUUCUUUGAUUAUUGUGUCACCUUAACUCCUCUUGACAAACACAGUCGCUGAGUGAAGGGUUAGCUCUGUCUCCACAGACACUGUGUGAAUGAUGCACUGUACUACUGAGAGCCCCGAGCACAGCCGGGGCACCUUCCUCAUCUGCUUCCUCGUGUGUCCACGCCCUCCUCUUCCCUCUGGCGUCUCGCGUGUGCGUGUUAUCUAAGUAGGUUUGAGUUGGCCUCGUCGGGGGCUGAUAGUUUUGGCACUUCCUGUUGGAGCAGUUUCGGGCUCCGUGUCUUCACUUCCAUCCCAUCGUCACCCAUGUUUGCCUCUGCAUGGCACACGCGCAGCUUCUUUUCAUCUGAGCUGAUUUGAAAGGGGUUGGUGAGGAUAUUAGAGAGAGGAAGGCAAUAGAUCAUGUUUUUCUUUUCUUUGAAUGAGGCGUUGCUUCAUCCUCAGACAAACCUGUGCUGUGAGAUAAUGACCACAAGGGGGAGUCGAGCGAAACGUCAAACUCGUUUAAUUCCAUGUGAUCUGAGUUCUUUCAGUGAUAAAUGUACAAAUGAGCCGGACACAAGUGCUUUGGACGGUUCUAAUUUAAAAAAAGAAAGAAAUGGAAACGAGUACAUAUUUGAAGUUCUCCUACUUGUAUGUGAGAGAGAGGGGAAAAAACUCUGCUUUUGAGGUGAAGUGUGACUUGUCUUUUAUCUAAAUAGGACAUUUUUUGGCUGCAAUUUCAACUUUCAGCUUGUGAGCUGCAUGUGGAAACCAGUGUAAAUAAUGUCAUUUCUACUCUUGAUCUGAGAUUCUUUUUUGAAAUGCAAGACGUUAAAAAGUAUAAAACGGUUCACGCCACUUUCACGGGUCAGGACGAACAUGUACAGCUGUCCACAUCACGCUCACAGUGCUGUCCAUGUUUUCAGAGGGAGCUGAAAGUGCACAUCCUUCAGAUUAUUGUGUUUUUUUAUGUUGAUUUGUUGGGUUUGAGUUCUGCGUGUAACGGGCUUGGAAGAGCAUUUAAAUUAUGACCGUGUUCAGUUUCCCUGUUAAAUCCCGCAAUGCCACCAUUGUGUUUGGAAAACAAAAUGUCUGUGACCCCCCAGGUCUGUCCUGCCUGUGAAACAGUGUCGUUUCUGAUUUGUUGGGGGGGGAUUUAAGCAUAAGGUUCACUUUUUCCAGUCAGGUUUGACAUGUUGAACUGAACCCUAGUUCCACGUGGCUUCAAGGUGAGUGUGAAUGUCAGACUGAAAGUAUGAAAAGAUGAUUAAAGAUGAAGUUGUAAACUAUUAAAUGGGAUAUUUUCAAUUUAUGCUGUGUAUUCUUGUCUUUGGGUUGGAGAAAUGAUCAAGCGAAUAAAACAUCAAAUAAAGAAUCUAGUUGGA